GCGGCGGGCGCGGGAGCGGCGCGGGAGCGGGAGUGGCGCGGGAGCGGCUGAGGGCACUGUUGCCAUGGAGACGAGCGCGCACCCCUAUUGGCCGCGCGCGCUGGCGUUGCCGGGUUACGUGGCGGGCGCGCGGCCCGGCUGGCAGUGCGCAGGCGCGGUGGCGGCGGCGGCGGCGGCGCUGUUCGCGCUGGGCUGGGCCCUGGGCGGGGCCGGGGGCGGGGCCAAGGGCGGUGCGAGGGGCGUGGCCAAGAGAAGCCCCGCCCGCCGGCUGGUCCUGGGCUGGUUCCUGCUCUGUACCGGCAUCCACGGGGUCCUGGAAGGAUAUUUCAGCCUCCGGCACCGGGAGCUGCCCGCCGACACCGGGCUGCUGGCCGACGUCUGGAAGGAAUACGCCAAGGCCGACAGCCGCUACAUGACGAGCGAUGACUUCACAGUUGCCAUGGAGACGGUGACAGCCUGGGCCUGGGGUCCCCUGAGCUUCCUCACCUUCCUCGCCCUCCUGCGGCAGCACCCGGCCCGCUACAUCCUGCAGCUCGUGGUGUCCCUGGGCCAGCUGUACGGUGACAUCCUGUACUUCGCCACGGAGGCGCGGGCGGGCUGGGCUCACAGCGACCCCCACCCCUUUUAUUUCUGGGGUUACUUCGUGGGGCUCAACGGGCUCUGGGUGCUCGUGCCCGCGCUGCUGCUGCUGGACGCCGGCCGGGAGCUGGCGCGGGCCCAGCGCGGCCACGACCGGCCCCGCCACAAGGCACAUUGAGGGGGGGAGACCCCCCAGAGACCCCCGGGACCCUCCCAUGGACUGAGAGAGCCCCCCAAAGACUGAGAAACCCCCCAUGACCGGCCCCACCACAUUGAGGUGGGGGAACACCCAGAGACCCCUCCCGGGGGGAGGGACCCCCCCAAACCUCAGAUCCCCCCUCCCACCCCCAGCCCGAGGGACCCCCCACCCCUCAAGGGAGGGUUCAGCACUGAGAGGGUCCUGGAGGGGAAUUUUGGGACCCCACCCCCCAAGUGAGGGUUCAGAUUCUGGAGGGGAAUUUGGGGACCCCCCCAAAAGCUCAGGGAGAGCAGCUGGAGCCCCCCCGUGUUCCCCAGGGGGGUCACAGCCUCGUUUUUGGGGAUUCCCUUCCCGUUGUUGGGGGUCACCCUCUCGUUUUUGGGGUUGUGCCGUGGGAACGUUCCUUAUUCCUGGGGGGUGGGGAUGGAUUUUAAUAAAGG